GAGGUGUGCCCGGAGCUCUGGGAGCCCCGCUCUUGGGGGGGUUCAUGCCCGUGCUUGGCGGAGCAAGCGGGGCUGCCCUACUCCCAGGGGAGCCGGCUGGGGCUCUUCUGUGCCUCGUAGCUUGAAGCAGGGGAAAAACGCUUCACCGUGAGGACCAGCAGAACAACAACAGGCAAAAUGACAACUGUGAAGUAUGAACAAGGGGCAGAGCUGACCGAAACGUCUGGCUCUCCAACAACAAAAGAGGCCACAGUAAAGAUUGAUGAUGGUCGUGAUGAAGAUAAACCUGACAGCUGUUUCAAUGCAAUUCGGAGAAAAAUUUCCCCAUUUGUCAUGUCAUUUGGAUUCAGAGUAUUUGGGAUUGUACUUAUAAUUGUGGACAUUACAGUUCUGAUUGCGGAUCUGGCUAUCAAUGAGAAGAAGGGUGUUAGAUUAAUUCUUGAAGGUGUUUCCCUGGCAAUAGCAUUCUUCUUUCUCAUUGAUGUUCUCCUGAGGGUGUUUGUUGAAGGCAUCAGGAACUAUUUCCAGUCAAUACUGAAUUUUCUGGAUGCACUCAUAGUGGUGGGCACACUGUUAAUUAACAUGACAUACUCCUUCUCAGACCUUGCUGCAGCAGAGAAGAUACCGAGAAUGUUUACUUUCCUCCGAGUUCUGAGAAUUGCCAUCUUAAUAAGGGUGUUUCGUCUGGCUUCACAAAAAAAGCAACUUGAAGUGGCAACCAGGAGAAUGGUCUCUGAAAACAAAAGGCGUUAUAUGAAAGAUGGCUUUGAUCUGGAUCUCACUUAUGUUACUGAUCGCAUUAUUGCUAUGUCAUUUCCAUCUUCUGGGAAGCAAUCUUUCUAUAGGAACCCUAUAGAGGAAGUUGCAAGAUUUUUGGACACUAAACAUGCAGGUCUUUAUAAAGUCUACAAUCUCUGCAGUGAGAAAGGCUAUGACCCCAAGUACUUUCACUACAGGGUGGAAAGGAUCUUUAUUGAUGACCACAAUGUCCCAUCACUACAGGACAUGCUGAAAUUCACUGCCAGCGUUCGGGAAUGGAUGGGACAAGAUGAAAAGAACAUCAUAGCAAUUCACUGUAAAGGAGGCAAAGGCAGGACUGGAACAAUGGUCUGUACCUGGCUCAUAGACAGUGACCAGUUUGAGAGUGCAAAGGAAAGUCUGGAAUACUUUGGGGAGAGAAGAACUGAUAGAAGCACAAGUACCAAGUUUCAAGGUGUUGAAACUCCAUCCCAGAGUAGGUAUGUUGGGUAUUAUGAGAUCCUGAAAAACAAGUAUAACUUGAAACUCCCACCAGAGAGACAGCUCAAAAUAAAAAACUUCAAAAUCCACUCUAUACAUGGAGUUGGGAAGGGUGAUGGAACUGAUAUGAAAGUGCAGAUAAUAGUGAGGAAGCAAAUUGUACUUGAAUGUGUAUGUGCCAGUCAAAGAAACUGCAAGCUCUUCUUUGAUUCUGAAAGUGACACUGUAGUGAUUGGCUUGGAAGACAGCCCUGUUAUAAGUGGUGAUGUGAAAGUCAGAUUUGAAUCACGUUCUGAUCUCCCAAAAGGCUAUGAUGACUGCCCAUUCUUCUUCUGGUUCAACACUUCCUUUAUUGAAAAUAACAGGCUCUACCUUCCCAGGAAUGAGCUGGAUAACCCUCAUAAGUCUAAAACAUGGAAAGUCUAUAGUGAGACAUUUGCUGUGGAGGUGAAUUUUGUUGAACCAGAAGGGAAAGCCAAAAGAAGGGACGUGUAAAAUUCAUCUCUGCCUGGACGGCCUCCUGCUUCAGUACGAAGUGAAGCAGUCUUGUUUUGGUGUACUUGAUGUAUAUCUGUGGAGAUACAACUUCUCAAAUAAACUGACAUGAAGUUCUGUUGUGCAGAGCAAUAAUA